AGCUAGACAGCUACUAGCCAAUACUUAAUGUGGCUUGAUGGCUAUUUCACUUUGAUACAGUUUUUUGUAUUUGUAAGUAAUUUCUUGUACAAGUAAGACUGUAAGCAAUCUGCUUGUGAUCAUGAACUAAGGAUAUUUCUGUGUAAAGAUAAGGGCAUAUUGUUGAUAGUUAGACUUGACAGGCUAUUUAUGCACAGGACUUAGUAAAAGAUCAGAAUAACAUAAUUGUAUGGGAAAUAAGUUACUUAACAGCAAUUCUUGGUGUAGAAUGUACUUUCUCGAAUCCUUUGAAAAUGUUGCAUGCAUACCUAGUGUUCGUGGUAAGUUCUGUGCUUUGUACUGAUCUAACUAUAUAAAGUCAUGCAGUCCAUCAGUAUGGAUGCCUUGUCUCUAGUUCUCCCAAAUGCAUUUUAUCUAGUGGUUCCAAGUGUCUUGUAUGUAUUGUAGACUAUGGCUACGGGACAAAUGGAAAAGCGACUGCUUUUGGAGGGGGGGGGAAGGGUAAAAUUGAGAACAUCAGUAGCAGCGCUUAAAAUUUGUAGAGACUUCAGAUAUUACUGACUCUGCACUGACAAAUGUAGUAAUUUUAAUACUUGACUAUGUAAAUUAUACAGAACUUAUGUAACAGAAGUUUUUUAUAUGCGUGUUUUCUGAAACUGUAUUAUUGAUUCAUCACGUGUUGGUGCUGUUUUGACAGUUAACUCAUGAAUGUUUUUUUCUUGAUUUAAAACUUGAGUACAAACAACAGUAAAGUUGUGCAUAUGCUAGAUAUAGGCUAGAUUGAAGAUACUGGGGGUGGGAAGGUAUUUCCAACAUAUAGAGUAAUCCUUGUUUGUCAUUCUCUUAUUAGAAGUUAGCUGUAGUUAAGACUGCAUAAUUUUUAUCAGUGUACUAAAACACUGUAUUUCAAAGACAUUUCACUUUGUAGGUUUUGUAAAUGACUAGAGUUUUGCUAAAUUUUAUUUACAAUACUUUAGAAUACUUUAGGCAUGUCAGGGAGGAAAACUAUUAAGGGAAAUGGAUAGCUGAACACAGUUGUUUUUUGUUUUUAACUUGAACAGAAUUAAAGUGCAGACUGGUUUCUGACUCUGAUAUAAUGCAUAAUUCAUACGUGUAUUCUAUGUUUAGGUUUAAUCAUAAAAAUGGAGCAUUACUCAUCAUACAUAGGAUGUGAGAUUUCUGAGGUGCCUUUAUCUGAUGCUGCUCGGAAGAUUAUGUCAGCUUUGCAGUCUAUUCCUACAGGAGUUCAGACUAGCAGAAAAAAUAAUCAGAGUAAAGAGAAGACAAAGGAAGAUAAACUAGGUGAUAAGGAUGCAGGUCUGAAAAAUGAAAAGGAGAUAACUGAUUCCACAGUUGCCUUAUUAAAGUCAUCUGCCAGCUCAGAAAAAAGGACUGCUGGUGAGGUAGUCAGGACAGCACAUACUAAAGAAAUACUUGGCUGUCAAGAUAGCAAAAUACUGAGUUUCUACCAGGAAUUAGACUCUCCUAAAUGGAGAUAUAGAGGAAAAAACCUUACAGUAGAGGAAAGAAACAUGGCGGAUGGUGAAAAGAAUUUGGCUGCCCCCCCUAAAAGAAAGCAAGAGGUACCUACAUAUUGUUUGGGAAAAAAAAGAUUACUUGUAAAGAAACACAUUUCACAUGAAAGGAGAUAUAACUGGACUUCCAGGCAAGCAGAACCUUCUGAAAAUGUUUUUUGUGAUAUCAGGAGUUUAGGAUACGAAGAAAAAAGAGACUUGAUUGCAAAUAUAAAAGAAGCAGUGGCUUUUGUAACUACUAUGAUAUUUCUAGAUGGUUCUUCACAGCUCAACUCAGAGCAGACCUUAACCUCGUCAGUGAAGGGAAUUGUUGUAUUAGUGAAGAGUCGAACAGAUCGCCUUUCCUCUCUCAGUUUCUCUUCAACUGACAGUACUUGGAGUGCUGCUAGUCAAGGUGAUAAAUUCAUUUAUUUGGAAACUGAAUGCUCUUCCCUUUGGGAACAAGGAGAACAGACUCAUAACAAAUUUGCCCGGCAAGUGUUGUUUCAAAUACUACGUUGCAAAGUUCCAGUUAUCUGCUUCAAUGCAAAAGAUUUCCUGAAGACAGUACUUCAAGUUUAUGGUAAUGGGAUUAGCUGGAAACAAGUUGCUGAUAGCAUCGUGUUAGACCCAAGGAUUGCAGCAUGGCUGAUAAACUCCAGCGACACGGUUCCCUCUUUUGAAUGUCUACUACAGUAUUUUGAAAAGUCUUAUUCAGUGGAAACAGUAAAUACAGAUACAGGUGCUUUGAGAAAUUCUAGGCAUCAAAACUUGGUUGUGAAUUUGCAAAAACUUUAUACUAUAAUGAUGGGCCUUGCUCAUGACUUACAGGUUCAAGGUUUGUGGAAAUUAUUUUGCACAUUAGAGCUUCCACUGAUCAAAGUUCUGGCAGUGAUGGAAACUCACAAAAUACAUGUGGACAAACAAGAACUGAAAAAAACAUCAGAGAUUCUGGGGUUGAGACUUAAAGAACUUGAAGAGGAAGCCCAUCAAAUUGCUGGAGAACGAUUCCUUUUGACCAGCAGUAGUCAACUCAGAGAAGUACUGUUUGAAAAGUUAAAACUGCAUACGCUGUGUGAGAAAAUUCCCAGAACUGAAAGACAGCAAGUUGCAUCCACCUCAGAAGUUGUGCUAAGUAAGUUGCAAGAUCUUCAUCCUUUGCCUAAGCUUAUGUUAGAAUACCGGCAGGUUCGGAAGAUGAAAUCAACCUAUGUGGACGGACUAAGAACAUGCAUGAGAAAGAACAUUCAAGGUAUCUCUAAACAUCCAGUGAGAAUUACAAAGAAACAGUACAUAAAAGGAAAAGAAGAGGAAAUACUAACCAUUUCCCCACGAGCACUAUUUGUUUCAAAGAAAGGAUAUACAUUUUUAGCAGCAGAUUUUUCACAAAUUGAAUUAAGGAUCCUUGCUGACUUAUCAGCUGAACCAGAACUGUUGAAACUAUUCCAAGAGCCUGAAACCACUGAUAUAUUUACCUCACUGGCUUCUCAGUGGAAGGGCAUUCCAAGUGAACAAGUGAAACAAACUGAUAGAGAGCAAGCAAAGCGUAUCGUUUACUCAGUGGUUUAUGGAGCAGGUAAAGAACGUCUUGCUGAAUGCUUGGGAAUUACUCCUCAUGAAGCUGGUCACUUUAUAGAGAGUUUUAUGCAAAAAUACAAGAAAGUACAUGAAUUUACAAAGAAAACCAUUGGACAAUGCCAAAAUAAAGGUUAUGUGGUUUCCAUCAUGGGACGCAAAAGACUGCUUGCUAAUAUCAAUUCACAGGAUUACAAACUACGCACUCAAGCAGAGAGACAGGCUGUCAAUUUUGUUGUUCAAGGAUCUGCAGCUGAUCUUUGCAAAAUGGCUAUGGUUGAGAUUUUUACCUCUGUUGUCGUUUCUCCAACUUUAACAGCCAGGUUAAUUGCUCAGAUUCAUGAUGAGUUGUUGUUUGAAGUAGAAGAUUCCCAAAUCCAGGAAUUUUCAGCACUGGUGAAAAGAACAAUGGAAUCCCUUCAGCAAACAACAGCCUUGGAAGUGCCACUGAAGGUUCCCUUGAAAGUGCUUCUUACCACUGGGAAAUCAUGGGGGUGUAUGACAGAAUUGCAGGAGAUGUAAAGCAGUCAUCGGGGAUGUUAUUCAGUACCCGUACACCUCAUUGGCCUAUGCUGAUUCCUCACUGAAUCACUAGGCAACAGCGCUGCUGGAUCUUUCAUAAGCACCUAAUACUCUGCAUGUGAAUUUUUUUACUUCAUUUUGUCUGUAGCCCUAGGCAACAGCAGUGAGAUAAAACUGGAUUUUACCAGUUCAUUGUGUUUCCUUUAGCCAAGGUAACCAGCAGGGAGCUGCUUUUGUUCAGAGCUAAAUUGCUACAUGCAAGAAAUGAAGCAAGACAAUAUUAACCCUUUGGGAACGUGACAAAUAUAUUCGAGUUAAAUGGAUGUUUAGAUUUUAAUAUUAAAUAUUUUGUGAAGUGCUUUUGUAAAAAUACAUAAGGUCUGGAAUUAGAAAGACACUAUUUGAUCUGUACCAGCAGCUGCUUAACUGUUGCAUUCAGCUUAUUCUAUAAUUUGUGAGUAGAUGGCAGCUGCUAACAUGCUGAAUGUCUUUUUCCAGAGACUUAGAAAAGAGUUCCUUAGAAGUGAGGAGUUCUCACUUUACUUUGUAUUUGGGAUUUUAGAGUAGAGGAAGUAAAUGAAAACGACAUUAAAUGUAUUAAAAAAAUAUCCAGAUUGAUGUCAAUUCUAUUAACUUCAAACUCAGAUUGUACACUGUAGCUUUAGCAUACUUUAGAGGAGGUAUUAUAUUAUUGAUAUAAUGCUAAAUACAGCUUAGAUAAAUGUUGAGAUUCAGACUUAGACUUUAAAGGAUUCAGGCUUCUUCUUCAACGUUUGGAUUUGUUAUUGAUACUUUGUUUUUCUGUAGAGUUUAUGUUUUAAGUAAGUUUGCUUUAUAAAUCUUUACUGGUUGCCAAA